GUGAUUACAAGGAAUAACAAGAUCAAAGCAGAUUACAAACAAAACAGGCAAACUAAGCUUAAUAUACUAAAGGGAUUGGAUAUGAGUAGCAAAUUCUCACCCGUGGGAGAUAAGCUUCUUCUAAGGCCUAUUGUUUUCUCCUAAUGGCUCAUCAACCUGAAUUGGCCCUUCCCAGCCAGCCAUCUAGACUGAGCAUCUUUUGCCUAGUUGGCAUUCCCCAGGUAUAAACACAUUUGUAAUACAAAUAGUCAGUAUUCCUAACUUUAGAUACAAAAAUGAUACACGCAUACAAAUAGGAUAAUCAUAUUCAGUAAAUCAUAACCUUUCCAAUGAUAGCUCACAUGACCUAUCUUGCAUAAAAUACAUUAUGAUUAUGUCAUAAUAAUAUUACUGUGAAGAAUAUGGGGUGCAGUGUUACACUGGGCUCGGGGGGGGAGGGUUCUGGGGAUCUGGCCCCCUGGCUGGGCUUGGGGGGAGGUGGGGAAAGGGGGCAGAGAAACAGGAACUGGGUUGUCAUAGGAGUUUCUUUUACUCUCUACUCCUGGGAGAAUUCUUGUGUGUCUGUAUUGUUUUAGACAUACUUGCUGACGGGUAUUUUGAAAUAAAUUACCAAAAUAAUUGAAACUGGUGUGAUUAUGUAGUGUUAUUUUGACAAAUAAAAUUUGCAGAAUUUUAAAAUAUUGCAUGCAGAAUUUUUAAUUCUUUUGCACAGAAUGCUCCCAGGAGUAUACAGUAAAUAAUGAACCUGGCUUUAUGGGUGGACAUAUUUAAAAAGUUAUAAUAGAAAUAUUCCUAAAUUAGACCCCCAAGAUGAUCCACGAUCACAUAUUUUCUAUGUCUUAAAUGUUUAUUCUCCCCUUUUCCGUGUGAAAGACUCAAAGAAUAGUAAAACAACAAAUUAGUCGAUCAAACAUGAUAAAUUGUGAAACUGACUAAACACAGUGCUGUCUUAAAAAAAAAAAAAAAAAAGUCUUCUAAUCUCUUUUACUUACAGUAAUCUUAAGAACAUCUUGAAAACUCCAGAUGCCUGUGCACCCUGAAGGAGUUGAAAGUUUUCCUGGACAAUUGCCAUCAGCUUAUAUCUCUGCUUGGUUUCUGUUUCCUAAAGACUUUCUUAAAAUGUCUGACAUGAAGCAAAGAAAGAAAGCUAUUCCUUCACCGAAGCACAACGAAGAUCCACAAAAGCAGAGCAAUGAUGGAACGAUCCCAAGUCCCAGGAGCGGCAGCAAUAGUCGGAAUUCCUUUUGGAUAGACUCACGGACAGCCUUAAACCUACUUUCCCUUGUUGCUUGUUUACUGCUGACCUGGUUCCUAUUUCAGCAGUCAGGCCAACUUGCUCACAUGGGAAAAAAGUAUCAUUUAUUACAGCUGGAAGCUGGAAAAUGCCAGGAUAUGGAAAAUAAAGUUAACUUAAUUUCUGAAAAGCUUGAGUCUUCCGAAAGUGUCCUGCAGGAAGCUACCUCAUCCAUCUCUAUGAUGACCCAGUUUGAGCAGGAAGUGUCCACUCUCCGUAACAUCAUACAGGACAUUCAGAACAGUGAGCAGACAUUCUCUGAAAAGAUGCAAAGCAUUAAUGACACAUUCCAAAAUGUUAUGGACUCCUGGAAAAGAAGCCUGGAUGAAAUGAAUGCAAACACUAGUAGUUUAAAAUCUGAAGCAAAGUUCAUACAUACUGAAGUUACGGCCCAAAUAAAUACUGCUGAUCAAAAUAUGAAGUCUCUUUCAGAAAGGUUAAAAGAUUUAGAAGACAGUACAAUAAGAAAUAUUAAAACAUUAAAAAGACAGGAAGAAGAUGAACUUUCUAGAGUUGAACAGCAGCUGGAGUUGGAUACAAAGACAGUUGAAAAAUUAGAAGAAGAGCAGAAUACUUUGUUAGCCAGAGACAUAGAUUUGAGUCAGAAGCUUACAGACUACGAACCAAAAGUUGAGGAAUGCAAGACCCAUUUGCCAACAAUUGAAAAUGCCGUUCAGUCUAUUCUUAGAGUAUCAAGUGAGCUGAUAGGUAUAGAGAAAAAAAUGGAAGACUUGACAAUACAGAUGUUUACGAUGGAAGAUGAGAUGCUGAAAACAGUGUCAAAUAUAAUGGAAAUGCAAAUGGUUCUUGAAAGCAUGCAGUAUGACAACAGCAUAUUAAAACUGCAAAAUGAAAUAAUUGUUUUAAAAGAAAAAGUAUUUGACAUUACAGUAUCUUCAAAUACAAGAGAAGUAGUACCUUUAGAAUACAAUCUAGAAAAUGAACAGAGUGAGGGUGAUGAUCAAUAAAUUCAGACUCAUUUUAAGUAUAUUACUUGACAGUAUGGACAAUAUUUAUAGCUCAGUUAUGUUAAUGUGUUUAUAAACCAACAGUAACCAAAAACGACUAGUCCAACAAACGUUAAAAAUAGCAGGAGUCUUGUCAUUGAUUUUUAUUGGCAUUGGAUCAGACCUUACAUGCCUAAACUAUACGAGAGAGGGAAAAAAAAGCAAAUGUAAUGGGAUAGGGGGGACAGACUAUUUUUCAUGUAUUUUAUAAUGAUUAUCUUGAAUGUCCAUGAAGUUCUUUAUUAAAAUGAAAUUUUAACCAAAGUAUUUAGAUGAAAGAACAUUUGGAUGUUAAAUCAGAAUUUUAAGCACAGUAUUCUGUAUUUAAAUUUAUAUUAAUUUUUUCUAAUUAUAGCUUUUUGCAAAUUUUUAUAUUUCAUGCUUAUGUAUUAGCUACACUAUAAGAUAUGAAAAAUUAAAAACCUGUUUCUGAGCAGGUUCUAUGAAUUAUAGUCUGAUUCUAACAUACCAUACUGAUUAUAAAAACCAACAGUUUCAUAAAUUUGGUUCUAUUCAGUAAAAUUAGAUCACAAUUACACCUCUUUUGUGGGGACAAAAUUCUGUUCUUGGUUAAUGGAAUGGAAUUAUUCCAGAUUUACACUGAUGUACUGAAAGCAGAGAAUUUGACCAGGAGUCCAUCAAUACUAUUCCAUACAGUAUAUCCUAGUAGUCCACACACACGUGCCCCCCAAAAAGCUGUAACUGUGAUCUAAUUUUACUUAGUGGAUUAAUCCAAAAGUUUUCUUCCAUCAGUUUAAAUUCAGAAAGCGCUGUCCUUAUUAGGACCCUUAGAUUUUGGGUCUGCAUCUAAAUAUAUUAUUGUUUUCUCUUCUGCAAUAAUUUUAAUAAUUAUUAGGGCUGUCGAUUUAAUUACAGUUUACUCACGCGAUUAACUCAAAAAAAUUAAUCACAAUUUUAAAAAUUAAUCACGAUUAAUUGCAGUUUUAAUCGCACUGUUAAACAAUAGAAUACCAGUUGAAAUGUAUUAAAUAUUUUGGAUGUUUUCCUACAUUUUUAAAUAUAUUGAUUUCAAUUACAACACAAUAUACAAAGUUGACAGUGCUCACUUUAUAUUAUUAUUUUAUUACAAAUAUUUGCACUGUAAAAAUGGCAAACAAAAGAAAUAGUAUUUUUCAAUUCACUUCAUACAAGUACCAUAGUACAGUCUCUAUCUUACAACUUACAAAUGUAGAUUUUUUUUUUGUUUAGAUAACUGCACUCAAAAAUAAAACAAUGUAAAACCUUAGCGCCUACAAGUCCACUCAG